AUGUCAUUAAGAACUUUGGGAUUGAACUCCACAUUCAGUCGUCUUUUUAAUAAACCUGCUGAUCUCACUAAAACCGUGCUGACGGUAUUGGACUUUAAAAACAAUGCACAAGCAUCUUUAGAUUCCAUCAUGACUAGAUGUGACCAAGAAAUGGGAGGAUUUUCUUCGGUAAAUUUCAAUGUCGAUCCGGUUUCAAAAGCGGGCCAUUUUUACGGAUAUUUGAAUUUGGAUGUGCCAAAGGACCACCCUGAAGCCACAAGAUCCGGAUACGCUAUGUUUAGAACCCGGGAUCAGAAGGAUUCGUGGCUCUCUGGAAACAGUUACUGGGACUGGUCGCAGUACCAGGCAUUGGUAAUGAGAGUUAAGGGAGACAGAAGAAAGUACCUUGUGAACAUCCAAGCUAACACACCAUUGGUGACUGAUUUGUUUCAGCACCGGUUAUUUUUGCAUCAUCCUGGCGAAUGGGAAACAGUGGUUAUACCAUUGAACGAUUUUGUCAUGACCAACUGGGGAGUUAUCCAAGAUGGAGGUGAGUUGAACAAGUCAGAGGUGAAGACCAUUGGAAUUGGCUUGUUGGAUAAACAAUACGGACCUUAUUCCCUUUACAUUGACUGGGCGAAAGUCAUGACAGGUACGGAAGUUGAAAAAGAGACCAGAAAGGCCAGACAAGAGAAACUGGCCAUUCACGGACCCGAAUCGCAUCGCGGUGGUGGUGAUGUUUCGACUGAACCUCAUAUCAGUGCUGCUCUUGGAUCCCAGGGCAACGAAGACCCUAAGAACACUGUCUUCUAA